GACGACGCCCGCGGGAGACAACUGCGCGACUUUACUAUGACGGAGGGAGCUGCAAGCGGAGAUGCUGGUACUAGUCCUGGAAUUACUACUACGGCAGCAACGACGCUUGAGGAUCUCUUACUCUUUGGUCCAAAAAGCCGCCGCAAAACAGCAGCACCUGCGAGCCUGAGCUCCUUGUCCACGACCCAUAAUUCCGAGAAUCAAGUCUGCUCGCCUCCACUUGAAGCUAACCUCCAGCAGCACCGCACGGCCAUGACCGUCAAUGAGAAAAUGAAGGGGUGGCUCCAGUCGCAA